AAUGAUCGGAUUUUAAAGGACUGGACAAUCUUGUAUAAAUAGAACCUUACAUACUAUUCAAUCCAGUACACCUUUAUACUACAGGAGUAUAGGGAUGCGAGGUCACGUGUUUGCGGUCAUCUUGUUGACCCUGGCGGUCGCACUAGCUGCUCCCCAGGAUGAUGAAGAAGGUUUGGCUGAGGAUUUAAAGGAGCUGAAUAAAGUUGGAGAUACACCGCUAGAGUCAGCUCUGCGCUGCGGCUUCUUUUACGCAAAUGAGUACGGUAAGCCCCCUAUAGAGCGCAUGUUUAUCUUCAACGCUACGUGGAGUGCUGAUGAAUGUCCUACUGAAGAAUCUGUCCCACGCUGGAUUGAAUUCUGCUCCAACUUGUACAAGAAGCUUGAAGGGAGACUAGUGUAUGAGAACCCAAGUAUUGACCCUAAGAGAGCCAAGAAAGGAGUUAGAAUCGGAGAUGAUAUCUGCGGACUUCUCAACGAUAGAUAUAAAGUUCCAUUUGUCGGUAGGAAGCAAAACAGUAAACGUUAUCCAGAUGGAGUUAAG